AUGUGGUGUGGUGUUGGUGGUGUUGGUGGUUGUGGUGGUGGUGGUGGUGGUGGUGGUGGUGGUGGUGGUGGUGAAUGGCAGCGACAACGACAGGGCAUCAGGAAUGUGGACAUUGGUGGUGGAACUGGUCGCCUUCGAGGGCACCGUGGAGGUUGGUGCAGGGAUGACGAUGGGGGUGUUUGCGGAGACGGCAAGUAUCGUUAUUGGGUCGCCGUUGCAUUGGGCCCUCGGAUGACCGUCCAGGCCGAUAGGUGCGCAGAAUGUUCGCGGCAGUGUUGGCGUACUAAUGUAGGUUGGACAUGUGUGUGGAGGGUCGAAGGCGCUAGAAACUAGAGGGUCGCAAGUUUGGAUUUGGCAGCAGUGACCUGGUUGAUUUCGUAGACUGUUGCUCUAGUUUCCACAGUUGACAAGACGGCAAUCUAGAUAUCAACAACGCUAUAUCUUACGAAACGUGAGAAAGAGUAACAACAAGAAAAUCCAGUGGGUGAAUAAAGUUGAUAUUAAAGAUUUCCAAUGACUGAUAAUGAAGCGUGCAUGAGAUGCGGGGAUUGACUUGCAACGAUGUGUACAUUAGGAUAAAACAACCAGAAUAGUAAAGAAAAAGGGAUGAAAGUGUUAAGGGUCGGUUAGUCUGACACCUCAACAUAUUACCCCCUACGAAACCGAAGGGCGAACUAAGAAGACUCCAAAGGAUGUACAGAAGUCCAAAAGAUGUGAGUGACAAAACGGCCAGGGAAGUGAACUUGACGUGCACCGCACGGGAUAUAAACAGAAGGGACAGAAGGAGACAACUGAGUGCGUGCUUCGGAAGAGAAGUUGAAUAAAGUUUGAAUUAGUUAUUGAGGACCUGACAACUUUGUGUAUAAGCCGUUUGCGCCAUUGCGUUUGCAUAGUGAUCUAGCACAACAUCUUCCGAAUCCUAUUAAUUUCAUUAGAUUUUCUGGUGACUUUACGCUAUGAACGUCGGAACGAUAAUCCAGAACAACUAGAGAACAAAUUUCAUGAAGUUCUAUUGUGAGUGCUAUCUCUGCGUAUAAAGUCACAUAAAAUGGCGACAUUGGAGGAAACACGUUUAGCGCGAGGAUAAAUUUAUUGCGCUUGUAUAUCUCGUUGAUGACGAUUCUUUAUUUGUGCAUCUUUCCUAAUUGUAUGGAUGGAUGAUUUUUCUGGACCAAAAAGUAGACGAUGCCAUUCUUGUCUCGAACAAACACUGAACAGUCCACCUUCGUGUGGCGGAAGGAACCAACCCCCUUAAAAACGCACCAGGCUGCAUUUGAGGACGCUGGAUCCAUUUUUUGUUAGAAUUGCACAAAAGCCAUUUCAAGGAGAAGUCACUACAAUUAUCUAGCAGUCGUUAGGGGAAACAUAUUGUCAAGUCAUAUAGAAACUAGCGGGGCCGAAAAAUUAGCCCGUCGCAAUUUAUACAAGACCGUCAGCUUGAUUACAGCAAGGAAUUCACAGAAUUAUCACAAGGACGGGGUCUUCAGACUGGCAUCACUUCCUUCCAAAUCUCAUGUAGCAAAGGCCUGUCAACUUGACCAGGAAAGACAUUGGGUGCAGUGACUGGUAUGCUAAGAAACAGCUGUCCAUCGUGUGCCCUACUUGCAGUUUGCAUGAGUUCUAUUUUAUGUGUUGUGAACGUUCUUCGUGUAUACGAGUGCAACCGAGUGGAUCCAUUUACAAACUAUGAGCACUUGCGUGUAUAGUUAGUGUGGCGAUUGUGGUCGGGGCCGGGGAUCGUUAUUAUACCUGAGGUUUUCGAGUAUAAGCGUAUGUCGGAAGACAAUCAAGGUGCUUGAAUUUUGGCGACAUUAUAGACAAGCAAGUCGCACGUAACAGGUGUAGGCCGAGAUUCUAGGCCCUGUAUGUUUAGUCAACCUAAUUUAAGUCCGGGUUCGUCUGACCAGGCGGAUUUACGACCGAAAUAUGUGUGCACAAUGCUAACUGUUUGGAGCACCGCCUUCAUUGCUGUCAUGGGUACUGGCGGUUUUUGCUGUAGUGGUAUCGAUGUUGGCGGCCGCUGCCGUAAAAGGACUGGACGUAUUUGUCCCUGGUGGCCGAGCAGUGUUCUCGUCGCUAUUGGAACAUAAGUGUCAGGCGAAGACAGCCAGAACUGUGAUGCUGGACUGCAGCAGUUAGGGUGGAAAGAACAACUCUGUUACAUUGCAGAUAGUGAUGUGGUACUUCGAUGUUGAAGCGGGUUUGAGCAGGGUAUUGUGACGGAGGAUCCUGAGGCUUUUAGCCAUUUCAGUUGUUGCCCCAAUUGUUAUCAUGCACACGAAGCAUAUUGGUAAUUGUUGGCUGUUUGAAACGGUUCGCGGCAUUCUGUUCCUGUAAAUAAAUGAAUAGACUGAUUAAGAACCCAUAAGAGUACUUUCAUGGUUAGAAAAAAAAUACAUUUUCGAUUGAAUCAUAGAACGAGUAGGCAAACAGUGGAUAGUGUUCGGUUGAUGGUUAUAAAAAAAGCAGUUUGGUAUAGAAAGCGGUUAGCCAACAAUGAGAAACACUACUUAAAAUCCGAUUAAUAAAGGCAAAUAAAUAUGAUUCGACCAGAUUUAGGGGAAAAUCUGUCGUUCAUGGAAGGUAAGUAUGCGUGCCGGAGAGGACCUCCCUACAUGUUCGAAAGGUCCCUCGUCAUGGUGAAAUUUCUCUCUCGGAUGAGGUUGUUCGCUGCAGAUAUGAUCAUGAUAUUCUUGGAAUGACAGCAGAAGCAACCGUCAAGGUGGCGAUCACAGUCCGCUUGAAAUCCGAGCGAACAGGAUACACUGAGGGCUGUGGUGAUCAUCAAAGGCCGGGGGAUGCGAACAUGACACCUCUUUGUCGGCAGGCCAAACUACUACCAGAGGCGAAAACAGAGGUACCCGCAGUAGUCGUCAACAGAUCGUUCGGGAUCGAAUUGGGGAGAUGGCACUAAAGUCCACGAAAAUCAUUGCAGCAGGGAAGGAGUAAAAGCAGUGGAGUCAACAGCCGACUAAAAACAGGGAGACGUAAAAAUUUAAUUGAGACUGUCCAUUUAAACAAGCGAAACAUAUGUUGUCUGCCACUAAACCCUGGGAGGACCCUUUCCAAAUUCCUCUAGUUGUGUGUUCAGGAGCGAAGCCGUCAAUAACGAUUUUAUGCUUUCCGGAGUAAGGUACUUACGUAAUUUCGAUGUGAAUACCUUUAAUUUGGGCGGUGACAUAAGUUGUAAAUUUUUCCAGAGGAAGGCGCAUUAGGACGCAAAGCGAGUGAGAGUUUAGACAUAGAGCAAAGGGGAGACGGCAUAAUCAUGGAGCAAUCGCGCGUGGCACAGGGUCGAUUUGUCAGAGCGAGAGAGUCGAUACCCGGAAGACUAUGGCUAGGGUUAAUGCGAGUCUUCUAACCCAUAAAAAUCUACUGCUCGCUAACUAUCAGCUCUCAGCAUAAGAAAUACUGGAUCCAGCACUAGGGAGACAGCUUCCGAGUAAAAAAUCGUUAAACGUUUUCGAUCUAGCUACAGUCUAGGCAUUCGUUAAACCAGAGAAUGGACAGCAUUAUUAAAGGACAAGAAGAACAAACAAUUGGUACUGUUUUCACUAUAUUUCAAGAAGAAAAAAUGUGAUAUGAAACCACAUAUCUGCACAGCCCUUGCAGAAACUGGAUUUGCAAAAUGUGAUAAUGUAGGCUUGUUUGUGCAAUCUAGGCCUCAACCCUUUAUUGUGGAGCACUCUGGGAGUGAAUUACUUUGAAAAUUUUGAAGUCAGGAAUCUUGGCAGGUACAAAACACGGGAAAUUACAUCUAGGCGAAGAAAAUGCCAUCUGCGAAGUUGCACCCCAUUUCCAGAAGCAUAAUUAGCCUGGACAAACUUUUUUAAAACAAGCAUUUGUAUUGUCCUAAAAAAAUAAAUAAAUGCAUCCAGGGUCUUUGGCAAAAUGAGCGUUUGCGCAUUUCUGAUUUCUGUCGAAACGUCGUUGAUGUAAAGCAGGAAAAGUAGUGUGCUCAAAACCGUGUCUUGAAGUGUACCACGCGUGAGUGAGUGAGGCGGGGAGUAGCUGUCACUACCCGUGACUUUCUGAUAGCGGCUGGAUAAAUAGAAUCCAAUUAAUUUAAUAAGAGGAAACUAGAUGUCAAGAGUUUUCAAUUCUUCUGAAAGAAGUCUAAAUGGCAUCUAAUCGGAGGCCUUACCGAGAUCAAAGUAGUCGGCCACAACUGACUGAUGUUUAGAAGACGAAGAUGCAAUCACUGGAACGAGAGGUUUAUUGGCCUGACGUUUCGGAUCCUCUCUCGAAUCCAUCAUCAGAGACAUUCGCAGAUAAAGGUGAUGGUGGCACCAGGAGUGCAGUAUUUAUAGCACGUGGCUGUCGUGGGACCAUAUGCACGCUGUAAUAAACAGUUCUCGCAAUCACCGCUGGGCUCGUAAUUGCUGCGGUAGUAGCUUGUCAGUCGGAGUCCGAGUGCUAAUUGCAGUGAUUUCGUCAUCCGUACUGGAUGCUGGUGUGACGAUUGCUCGACAAAUUGGCUCACUGCCACUAGGAUAACUGCUCGCCCGCGCCUUCCCCACCUGACUGAUUCCCCUGCCCCGGGAAAAAUCUCAGUACGGAAUAUGGUACCGGGAGGUCAUUGUGCUUGUUGAUGGAUUGCUGACCUGAGAACCAUGACUCGAGCAGCUGACGGCUCACGCGGUUUUCACCCCUUGCGAGGAUUUCGGCCUCUUGAAAUUUGAAAAUAUGGCCGGGUCCCGUCGACUGUGCCGCCACCUGAGAGCUAGCGUCUCCCCACCUCACUGCUGCUGCGUGCUCGGCAAUUCACGUACGGAGUAAUCUCCCAGUUUCUCCGACAUAGUUGCUUUGUCCGCAGCUAUACCAGAUCCGGUAAACAACUCCAGACGUUUCCUGCCGUGGCAGCGAGUCUUUUGGCCUCAUGACUUGGCACCUAAUGGUUGCUUCCAGCCUGUGUGCAACUCCAACUCCAAGUGGAGUGAAAAGACGACUGACGGCUUCUGAGACGUUCUUCACGUACGGAAGAGCCCUCCAACAUUUGGGGCCGGUUGGAUUUGGUGCCUGGUGUCGUUUUCCUAUGCACUAGUUGACAAAGUUGCUCGGGUAGCCAUUAGCUCCCAUUACCAGUCGAAGAUAUUGUAAUUCAGUAACCUUGUCUUCCAUUUCACUGCAGUGCGUCUCAACGCGCUGGUAUAGCGCCCAUAAGCAACUGCGUUUGAGGCCAAAAGACCCGCUGCUAAUUACGACCCCAGCGGUGAUUGCGAGAGCUGUUAAUUACAGCGCGCAUAUGGUCCCACGGCAGCCACGUGCUAUAAAUACUGCACUCCUGGUGCCACCAUCACCUUUAUGUGCGAAUGUCUCUGAUGAUGGAUUCGAAUGAGGAUCCGAAACGUCAGGCCAAUAAACCUCUUGUUCCAGUGAUUCCAUCUUCGUCUUCUGAACUGCAACCUGGAGCUCGCCUGUUCGCUUGACUGAUGCUUAUUGGCAUGAUAAGUGAUUAGAUUAAGAAAGGCUAAAUGAAAUUCCCCGCAAGAACUUCCAGGCAAAAAUUCAUGCCGACCAGAGCUCGGAAACUGAUUAGAUAGAGAAAAAAAUAAAAUUUUCAUUGAAAAUGAUCUUUUUAAGAAGUUUCGCUUGAGACGAUAUUUUUCAACAUCGUAUUGACAAUCAGAUUUAAAAACUGGAAGAAUACGUGUGGUUUUUCAGGGUUCCGGAAAAAUAUCCACCAGAAACAUAGACUGAGAAUGAACGACUAAGCAAUCUAGGAACUUUUAACGCCUGUUUGACGAUCGAAUUUGGGUUACCAUCCAUUCACGAGCAACAUGAGUUUUUCAAGCUACCUAUGCGUUUCAUAUUUAGGUCUCAGGAGACAUCGAUCUUAUUGAGUUUUCUAUCUGAAGGUAGAUGAAAGGAGAGAGCUGGCUCAGACUCAGUUGUUUUGCAGUGUUGUAAAUAAUUCCGCCUUGUCGAUGUCAACGAUGAGGAAAAUCCAUCCUCGUCAAAGUCCGUUUCAUUGGUAACAACAGAUGCGAAAACCGGCUAGGAUAUACUGCCUUAUCACCAUUUUCGGUAAUGCUCUCGUUGUUUUCUCCUUUCGGCACUGAGACCGUCUCUUUGUUUUUUAGCCUGCUGUUGAUGUAACUGAAAAACACUUUUGGCUUAUCGACGGCCCGUUCCAUAACUCGCGUUUCAUACCCCUUCCGCGACCUGCGAAUAGCCGACCUUACCUCGUUUCGCCGACGGCGAAACUGCUCAUAAUAAGAUGGCUGUUUUGCUGUUGCAUACUUUCUCCGCAGUUUAUUCUUCCGGUUUACUUUUUUUCCUACAUUCCACGUUAUCCAGUCAGGGCGAUUAGUCUUUUUAACUCUCUUUGUCGGACGGUUUCGAUGCAUGAAGCCGGUUACAACCCCUUCGAGAGUGUUCCAAUCGACAUCGGGAUGUCCGGUAAGAACGUCAUGCCAGUUCACUAUCGAUAAUUCACUUCUCAUGGCGGCAAAAACUCAUCGCCAGAUAUCCAGGCGAGGCUCAUUCGUAUCCGCCUGCCUUCUGCAUAGGCGGCAUUCCUAAAACAGCAUGGCGUGGUCACCCUUAACGAGCAGUGCUAUCGAUCUAAGUUCCCCAGGACUAAUUGGGUCUUUUGUAAGGACGAGGUCCAGACAGUUUGCUCUUUGGUCCUCUCUGAUCCUCGUUGGAAACCAGAUAUUAUGUACCUGAAAAAGAUUAGCCGUUAGUUUCAAGAGCCUGGAAUCAAAGGAAUUUCGCAAACCAUUUACUAACAAGCUGUUCCAGUCGACCAUUGGUGCAUUGAAGUUUCCGUUUAUCGGUGUCUCUUGGUUUUGGGCCGUUUGAACAGUUUCAGUUUUCAGUUUAUUUGGUAAGGAUAAUAGACAAAGCCUUUGAAAACCCUACUGACUACAUGUCAGCUCUUUAGAAAUAACUGUACACGAACAAUUAAAAUAUUCUUUAUUCAAAAAGCACUUGAUUCAUUUGAGUAGCACUGUUUCGGAGGAAAAAUAUUCAGGGGGCGCGGGGUAUUUAGUUCAGAUUCAGACUGUCGAGGGAAAACAGGGGACACAAAUAAUCAUCCAAGCGUUUCUUAAAGAGUUUCAGAGACGUAGCCCUCACAACUGACUGAGGAAGAUCGUUCCAUUUCUCCACUACCCUCUGCGUAUAAAAUUCAGAACGAAGAUUCAGCGUGCACAUCGUUGUCCGUAACUUCAUCGAGUGACCACGAAGAUUGGGUGAAAGGUGCCACUGAAACAUGUCCUCAAAUUUAAGCCCAUGCUCAAGGCCAUGUAUUAUCUUGUAGACGAAAAUAAGAUCAUCCCUUUGCUGCCUGUAACACAUAGGGAAUAAAUUAAGGCAAUUCAGUCUCUCCAUGUAGGACUGGUUUUUUAAACCGUUUGCCAGCUUUGUUGCACGCCGUUGUACCCGUUAGAGGCAUGCUUGGUCCUUUACUAGCCAUGGCCGCCACGCUUGUCUGCCAUAUUCUAAGUGAGGCGGAUCAAAAUGCCGUAAACUCUCACAAAAGGUCUUGGUCAAAGUUCACGAAAACCCUUUUGAUUGCAUGCAGCACUCCCAUGGCGUUUUUUGCAGCCCUGUGGCACUGCAGUGUUGGUUUCAGGUUGUUCUGUAUCCAAACACCGAGAUCCUUCUGUGAAAAUUCUGCAGGUUAGCAAAUGUGAGAUGCAGGAACGUCCUCUCCGGAAGUCAUGCUGAAAAUUCUGCAAGAUGUUAUUUUCUUCAUUAAACUGCUGCAUAGCGCUCUUUACUACAGCUUCCAUCGUUUUGCAUGGGAAGCAAGCUAAACUAAUAAGCUUGAAGCUGCUUGCUGCCAUCCUGCUACCUCCCUUAUGCAAGGGAACGAGGUUAGCUGUGGACCAACUUCGACUGGUGAAGGCAGUUUUACUAAAUAGGCGGAUUUUUGCUACGUGGUGAUGUGGCGGUGAAGGAUGUGAGAUCAACUGUGACCGCACAGCAUAAUUUAGCACCGUCUUGUUUCGGAGGUCAGGGAGCUGUGAGAAGAGGUUUAUUCUAUACACAGGGUAGGUUUCCGUGAAUUUGUUGUUUGCUUGUGACAGAGCUUAGCGUCCGUUCCCGGAGAGCAUCAGUCGCGGUGUGUUGUUUAUGCGGGAGUGAAUGACCGCGUCAGCAAGAGGAUGUGACUGGAUGAGUGUUGGUCAUGUAGUUGGACGGAUUAAGGGAGGAAUAGGGGGGUGCAUACUCACAAGGGUUCACGGGUAUCAAGCCAGGUCAUUCAACUCGCGUGAGGUGACGAUAGUUUAUGAGAGCAGCCGGGGAUCACUGCAGCUGGGCAGGAGGUGCCCCAGUUCUAGCCGGGGGGAGGGUGGUCGUGUGUGAACGGCGUGCCAACGGUGGUCGCGGUCAUUAACUGGCAAAAUGGAGCCGGAAUAGGUGGUGUUGGAGCAGUCGCCACAAUGACAGACUUUCGACGCACGGAAGAUUUAAGAAAGUCUGCCGUAGCACCGUUUGGCCGUACAGACGGCGGGGCAUCUUUCAAAGAGAAGUUAUAAGCCCUUUUUUCUGUCACAUAGUUCACUGUCAACCAAGUGAACGAAUGAGGCAAGACGCCAAUCUUCUGGAUAGGUAACAUGGGAGAUGUUCAUGUAGAAGAAUUUUCCCGAAAAUGAGAAAAUAGUACCGAACUACAAUAGGAAACUGUUACAAUUCCAUGACGUAGGCAGGUCACCUGCCUAGCAUUGGCAACGGGUUACAAAUGGUUAUUAAUGCUUCCUGAUAUAGAUUUGAUUAGGUCACGCUAAGGAACAGAGACCGAGAGCUUUCGGCUACACUUGAAUUUUGCCCUCUACGAUUGCGCAGAUAACGACUUAAAAAUAACUAUAUUAGAUCUUUGUAUUGGUGUGGCUUCCUCUCCUGUAGCGAUGCGACCAUUCUGCGUGACGACAUGUCCAGUGUUUCCAAGGACAUUCUAGAGCUUGUGCCGCGUAGAUAUCUCAAGCCUAAUUCUUCAGAUUCCCUCGUUCCUCAUUUUCUUCACAACGGACUUAAAAAGCUGAGACGGCAGCUGCGUGACCCAUCCAAUAGUUUCUUAUCAAUUCAUCUUAGAAUCACAGAGAUUUUUGAGAUGGCCUCAAGGAUGCGCCAAGCGCGCGACAGGCAAAGAGAAUCGCUUGCUCUCAGUGAUUCGAACCCUGGCAAAUCCGUCGUUAACAUCUUCCGUCAUCGGUCAUCCUCUAAGCGUGGUCACGAACUUCCACCCCUGCUAAAUGAUAACGGAGUCAUCCUCAUCGAUGACACUCCCAAGGCGGAGUUGUUUAGUGCUUUCUUUGCAAAACACCUUAAUACUGAGUCCGAACCGGUCCCUUUCUUUCGAUCACUUUCAGAUAGGACACUGAGUACAAUCGAUGUCUCCCCAGAACCCAUUGAGAAACACAUAAGUCGUUUAAAAUACUCACACUGCUCAGGAACGGACGGGAUUCCACAUCCGAUUAUCCAACAAGCACUCGACCUUCCCAUAUUGCUUAGCCAUUUAUUCUCAAGUUAUAUUUCAAACCAAUGCUUUCGUGAAUCAUGGAAGACAUCAGCUGUCUUCAAGUCUGGAUCUUGGUCCGGUGUUAAUAACUAUCGAGAUGUGAACGAGACCCUGUCUCUAGCAAAAUUUCUUAAAAAGAUAAUUUUCAAUUAAAUUCCUGACUUCUGUCUGGAUAAUCGGAUCCUGAAAACAAAUCAGCAUGGGUUUCUACCUGAUCAAUCCUGUGAAACUUGCCACUUGGCAUUUCUUUAUCUAAUCACUUCUAUUCGUAAUGAACAGCAGUCAGUGAUAGUUAUCUACUUUCAUCUUAGCAAAGCCUUUGACAAGGGGUCCCAUAGACGUCUUCAUCAGGUCCUGUCUAUCCAAAUGAUAUCAGAAAGACGUGGUCGGUAAUAGCUACUCGACACCUCACUCGAUCACGAGUGGCGUACUUCAAGGCACGGUUCAGGGUCCGCUAUUCUUCCUUCCUUACAACAAUGGUAUUUCGACUGAACUCAAAAAUUCGCAAACUCUUAUUUAUGCCGAUGACCUCAAGUGUGUUUACUCAUAUUCUAAGGACAUCGCAAAUGCUUGUUUUAAAAAAAAUUAAUGUCGAUUUCCUACGCUUUAGCAGAUGGGGUUCAAAAUGGCAGAUGGAGUUUUCAUCAUCCAAGUGUAGUUUUAUGUCUCGUUGUCCUGCCAAAGUUCCUGAUCCCUUAAUUUUUUAGAAUAACCAACACUCAAAAUGCUUCCCCACAGAAGGCCUCGGUUUAAUUUAUACAAAUAAGCUCGCUUUAUAACCUCAUGCAGAGAGAAUCUCUGUCAAAGCCUCGCAAAUAGGUGGAUUCAUUUCGCAUAAUUUUUUCCUUCCGGAAAUGAAGCUAAGACUACAUCAAAUGUUUGUUCUUCCAGUCCUCGAAUACUGCUGUCCUUUCUUCGGUUUAAUGAACGCCUGCGACCGUAAUAAAAUCGAAAAUGCUCAGAGGAUUUUCAUCCGGAAACUGUUCUCUCAAGCUUCGUCCGGUAUUUCUUACACUCAGAGGUGUCAGCUGGCGAACAUUAAGUUUUUGUGGGUUAGAAAACUCGAAGCUGGCCUUUGCUUCCUUUUUCGCAUCAACUCUAGCUCCAAUCUUCCGCUUAUUGACACUCCCACCUCGGGUGAUCUGCCUUAUGCCACCCCAAACUCCUCCCUAGUGAUUCCGCCGCCUCUUUGCACUACAUCUAUGCGCUCCCUCUUCUUUCCUUUUAAAUAUGCCCUCCUUUGGAAUUAUGUUCCGCCAGAAAUUAGGUCAUCGCCUAAAAUACAGGUAUUUAAGUCGAAAUAACGCAAACACCUUACACCGAAAAGAAUAAAGGUACUAUUAACGGUCUCAUUCCCGAACACUCAACUCCUUGACUUCGAGGACGGUCCUCCAGGGAUUGAGUGGUAGAUCAAGUGGAACCCCUCAAUUAUAUCAUCAGGAACCCUGUUUUGAAUAUGUUUAUAAAUCCAGUGCUAUCAUUUCUUCCCCAUAGCGACGAUUUUCGCGGUUCGUGAUGUCAUCUCCCACAUUUCGACCUCAUGCGGUCUGUCGACUCUCACGGCGGCACCCUCAGUAUUCGACAUCUACUAGUAGUUUGGUCGUACCUCUCUUCCCCACUCCUCGCUGGGCUCGAAACGUACGGUGGCCGAUCGCGUCUGGGUUCUUCUCGUCUGGCCUCUUUUACGCGAAUAGUCUCAUCCGGCGUAUCAAUCUUCCCCUGACGAUGCCAGUUCUAAAUUCGUAUAUAAUACGACAUGCAGGCCAGUCCUGUCCGACGCCGAUACGUUCCCCUCAAGGCUGAUAUUUAUUUUUGCCCUGACGAUGUCCGAUUAUAAUGCGUUAUAUACCACCACAUGCGGGUUAAUCCUGCCCGUAUUCUUCUUUUAUUAUUACUAGCGAGGGUUUUUUUUUCUCCUGUAAAAUUAAUCCAGUCAUUUUUAAAUUUUUUACUGGACUUUUUUCGCCGCUCGCUCAUAAUUUUUCUCAACGGACUGCAAAUUCAGAAACUGUGAAUUGCAUUUUGUACAGAUUCUGCCUACCUCGUCUAAAAUUCUCAUGUACAUUUAUUUUUACUUGCUUUGAUUGGACCCUAACGGGGCUUUAAUAAAAAUUAUUAUUAUUAUUGUCAAAGUAAAGUCUAAUUAACUGAAACUACUGAAGGAUCUUAGAACCGAAUUUCGACGCGAAUUUAAUGAGUUGAAACCGUACAACACCGAAAAUUGGAUGCACAAAGUGUGGAUUGCAAAAUGCACGAGCAAUAUGUCUGUGGUUGCAAAAAUUUGUUCAAAAAACAAAAGGCUAAAAGCUUUCAAUUUUUUUGAAAUAUUUUUUAUAUUAUAUCAUUCCUUUUCCUUUUAAUUUAUAAACGUCCGCCGGACUUGAGGACAUCUCGGUUUGCCAUGCCCUUCGCCUGGCGUUAAAAAUAGAUGCUCUAGUACUAACGACAUGACAUCAGUCCUGUGAGGUCAUUCAGGGUUUCGCAGAUGACAUGCGGAUGUUUCACAGGAGCCUUCAGUGUGUCCUUUUAUUUUCGUUUUCACCUGCCUUGCCUGAGAGGACUUAGUUGACUUUGAUUGGGUGGAUGAUUUUUAUCCAUUCUCAUGAUCCAGCCUUUUCACUGCGUUUACAUUUGCUGUAAGAGAACGCAGAUAUGGAGGACACAGACUUAUUCCACAGUUCUAAUGCCUAGGUCCUUCCCUUACAUUUCAUUUUAAAAUUGGAUGAAGUCAUCUGAUAUGAAGCUGAUUGAGCGUCCUUGCUAAACAUUAUUAGACGGUCUUUGUACAUUAUGAAAACGCUAUCAUGAUGAGGACUCUGUAUUUAAUCGCUUUAACGUUUACAUGCACAUUGGGACUGCUUCAAAUUGGGUAAUGAAGCCGGACAUAAACCAGAAGAUUGGAUUGACAUUCUAAUAAUUAAUCUUGACAUUUCUGGAAAUUCCUCUUUUUUGGUGCCCGUGUGGGUCCCCAGUUACAAGACGAUUUUUACCGGCGCUGAUUUUGAGCAUGUUGUGGCCAUUAGACUGCGGCUCUUGUUGUAAGGCCGAUUUUUUCUUCGUAUUUACGGGCACACCACGGUUCGUGCAGCCUGAGUCGAAAAACCCACAUUCAUCUGCAUGUCCUUCUUGUUUGUUGCAUUAAUCGAGCAGUCAUUCACAAAGAAGGAACCGGGGCACUGACUCUAAAAGUUCUCGGAUUUUCCUGCGUGCCUUGGAAGUUGGGCAGCUGACCGUACCUUUGGUACUUGAUGUCGAGGCUAGUGCGCUUUGGUGCGUCAUUGGUCAUGUGGAUGAGGUUAUUUGCCCCUCACAUGGGCCACGCGGUAGACGCUAUGGACCAACACGGCACCUAGAUCCAUUGCUUAAGAUAUGCGCCGUCAGCAAACACCAAAAUUGGAGUGUGAUGUCACGGCCAUGCUCAAGCUCAUGCCGUCCCCACAUUGGAAUUUCUGCCACCUCUUCCCUUUGUUAUUUAUUGUUAAGCCCUGGUCAAGCGUUUGUUGCAGACAAGAGGUGUGGUGGUAUCGUUAAGAUAAGCUAACGCGAAAUUUAUCGACUCAGUAGUCGUGAAAUACAGAUAAGAAUGAACAGGUCUUAAUGAAGUGAGGGAGCAUAAAAGAAACGAUGCAUGCAGUCACCACAAGCUGCCCUUGCUAGUGUGUUUUGUGCACUUCUGUUCCAUGUAAAAGUCCCGUCCGCAUGGGCGGCGUCCUAUGUGCCCACCAGUUUUUGCCGCCAUUGGUCCAACAUGUCUACCUGUAGACAAUCGACGUAGAAGAUGCGUUGGUUGGCUUCCAAGCCACGGGCGGUAGUACGUCUUGCAUGGUCAGGCAGUGAGUCGGACAGGAAAGUUAUGCGGACAGAAAAACAGCGACACAAAUCGGUGACCAAGAGUGCUGACAGCCACAGUGGUACACAUGGAUGAGGGUCCGGCUGCAAAAGCCACCUAAGCUCUCUGCCUCUGGUCCUCUUGGCGCUGUCUCGAUACCGGAUUCAGGCGGGAGAUGCGGAAAGGCUACGGUAGAUGUUGUGUCGAUCUGCUAUAGCUGUAAACUAAUUCACGCACAUGUCACUGUCCGUAUUCUCACCUCGUUGUGAAGCGCAGGGUGAACAACGUCGAGCAUGACGGUCGGACAGCUGAACGGCGUCAACCGACAAUCGGUGGUUGCCGUUCUUUCAUCAUAAUGCGACAUCAGGCCAGUCGAAUGCAUCAUCAUCAAGGAUUUUUGCAGAAUGCGCGAUACCCGAUGCUACCUGCCCACUGUCGUCAAUAUUUUUUUAUUCAACAGCAAUUUGGUAGGCUUAACCAAAAAUCGAAAAAAGACAUGUAAAAGAAAAAUGGGCAGUUAAGGUGACAAAAUAUGUUGUAAAAUUCAACGAUGAAAUUUAAGGACUUGCACUGGACUUUCUCGUAGGUUGGCUUAUACUACCUUGAUUCCUAAGUAGGUUCCAAAACGUAACUGUGUCUCUCUGUGAAGUGCAUAGAAGAUUGAUAGGAAUAUUUUCAUGAAAAUAAGUGAUUAAAUGGAGUUGUGCAUUAAUUAAAAUUUUUUGAGGGAAAUCUAGUUUGCACCUCUUAACUGACAACUUGGUACAAGCAACGAAAAUGUAUUUAAAAAUCGAAAAAAUGUACAUUAAAUAAGUACAAAAGAAAUGUCAAGAUCUGACAGAUGCGAUGUGGCCCGAAACAAGAAUGUAAGAUUUGAUUAAACCACAGCUUAGCCAACAACAGAUUGAAACUAUGGCCGUUAGAGUCCGGAAAAUUGGUAGUGCCUAAUUAUCACCACGGAAAUAAUAGUUCACGCACAGAUAAUAGUGAUGAAACAGUCUACACAAUUAGCAGACAGUUUGCCCAUACUGUACCCGUAGACGAGGAAAUGCAUGCACCUGUUUUUUCGCCCUACAAGUUUUCUAACUGCGAAGUUUUGUUAUUAACUCAACGUGAGUUGAGAGUCAUCCAGAACGAUCAAAAUUAGGUGAAAAAACUUUCCAUAAAAUCAACUUCUGUGUAUUCAGUAAUCAACAUUACGAACAACGUACGUCAGAAACCUAAUCGACCGAACUGAUCGUAUUUUGACCUUUGGGAUUUAAGACACGAAAGUGAGAGGAGUUUUCAGUUCAUCAGCAAGGUUUUUGCGGGUCGGAGCCACGGUCGUCAUUCCUUCGUAUUUACCUUUACAAAGUUCCAAAGAUAGUUUCCGAAAUCUGGCUCAUUUUUUCGGAUAACAGUAAAAAGUAGGAGAGAAUGCGGGAAAACACUUUCAUCCGGAGAUAUUCUGUCCAGUCCUCUGCCUGAAUUGGCUACUGGAGCGUCGCAGCGGGUGAGCGCAAACAUUAGCUUCUCAUAUUCACAACAGAUAUAGGCACAGAGACCCUCUAUGCACGCCUUAGGUUGGCGAGCUAAACCCACUAAACUAAUAAGCUGCGGAAGUGUGAGUUGCUGCAGUUAAUAACCCGACAAAGUGGAAAAUCUGUUUAUGCCCUGUUUUCAAACUCUGGAAAAAUCUCAUCUGUUAUGCGCGUUCCACAUCUUCAGUGCGUGCUACGCACUACGCCCGCGAAUUCUCACCCAUAUAUUCCUCAAUUACGUGGUCUUCUUACUUCAAACAUGGUAUGGAAUUUCGGAGGACGUUCGAAACUGGAUGAGUAGGUUUGGUUGCCCUAUUAUUUUCUGGGUGAAGUAGGUUUUUAAUCAUGAACAGUAAAACAGAAGCGGCUACUGGCUACUGGCGGACAAUGCACGAACGUAAAACACACUGGGGUGUGCGAUGUGGAUCGCGAGGUAUUUUUCCAACGCAUUAAUAUAUACCUUCUCCGUGGCGGGCUGAAAUGGUUUUUCAGCCAUAUAGGAUUUCGUCAUACAACUGUCCGUUCUUCCUGAUUUCGUUAUACUAAGAUGAUUGGUGAAAGAAAGCUGCCUACGCUAAGCCUAUUUUUCCUGCCAAAUGCCCUUUUAAGUAGCUUGUACGCGUACCAUUGAUCUGCUCACUUUUUUACUUUCAUGCACUAAAUUCAAUGCAAUCUUUUAUAAAAAGUCAUUUGGGGCAAACACAGGUGUCAUAUUUCGUUUUACUUUCGUGUCCUUGCCAUGGUACCUUUCGGCAAAUAAACCUGUCAUUAAAUCUAUCUUUAUGAAUGUACGUCUUACAUUCCAUUGAUUGCCACAAAUUAAAGUCCCUGAAGAAUCCUACAUAAGAAUGGCGUACCCCACAAAAUAUUUUGUUUUUACAGACUGUACUUUAUUUCUGAAGAUAUGCAUUAUCUCACAAGUAAAUCAUGUAAAUUAUCGAAGGUAACAGAGGCGUUUAGCAAUUUCGACAGUUACUUGGUGGAGCAUUAAUUAUAUGUAAAAUCCCCAAAAAGCACGUAUAUUUGCGGAAGUCGAUAACUGAUUUCGCCUAGUAAUUAAACAAAUCCUUUUAAAAGAAAGUAGAUGAACGACUACAAUAAGCCCCAAAAUGAUGUCAGAUGUGAAAAAUGUCAAUUGACAGAACCCAGAAUAAUUUACAAUGUGCAACAACUGAACUCUUAAAGACAAAUCCAGUAAGAAGACACUGGACAUAUAAACAAUUUUGCACUAAACAAAGGAAUUUACCAUUGAUUUUAUUGCUGCGAGGCACAUUAACUUAAGCUUUUCCUGAUUGCUAAAAACAACCCUAUGAGAAAAACGUUCAGUGCUUUGCCCAACUUAAAGCUUUCCGCCUUGGGACAAGUAAAGGAAUCGAUGAGGCUCUACUAGAAUAAAGAAAGCUUGUUAAAGCACCUCUAGGGAUCUGUCCGUCUGUGCACAGAUAAAAAGCAUGCAAUUAAUGAUACAUUUACUGAAUCAGAUUUAACGUUAUUAAGCUGAUUCUCCUUGAGGAAAUUCAGCGAUCUCGCCAUAAGGGAAAAUACAAGACGGGGACUAUGUCAGUUAAGCCUACAGGAGUGUGCUUAAAACUAUUAUUUAUAAACUAAAUUACCAACUGCUCUCUGUUGUCUGGGCUAGUUCACUUCAUGAGUAAUUUGUACAAUUAUAUCGGACACACUAUGUGAUGGUGAAAUGUUUAUAUCAAGUUUUUUGAAGAACACAUCUCCGAAUGAACAUAUGUGGCAUUAAAACUAACAGAAAUCUAGGGUCACCUCCUGGCUUAGACGCUAGUAAUGUCCGAUUGCCUUUUGGCACAUACACUGGACCAAUGUUUUGUUUUACUCCACCCCAGCGUUGCCCGCAUGACAUGAGAGUGUGAUCGUCACCGUCGUAUUUCUUAUAGUAAGUCCUUUUUCAUUCUUCGUGUGUGACUAGAAAACUUUCAUCCUUAAUAGCCCGGCCUUUGAACUACCUUUACCGUUCGUAGUACUUCCAGUUUUUAUGACCCUUAGUUUUGUCAAAGAUAAAUAUAACUGCAUAAACUCCAGUUUACUCUCGCAGGAAGAUUCUGACAUAAUAAUAGCAGAAUUCUUGCAUGUACAUUUCAUUAUGGUAGCACAAUAUUGGCAUAUAUAGUCGUCUACAUGUUUACACCAUGUUGAUACGUAUCGGCCCUAUGCUGGCUGAUUCAUGCCGCCCUUAUGCCAUUUGGCAUAAAGUGGCGUUCACGGAAAUCCCCCACCCACAGUCGUAUGGGAUCCACGCCUACCAUUCCGAUUGUGGUCCUCCCUUUAAUGAGUUUCAGUAGUGCGUUGAACACCUUUGCCUAAUUAACAAACUAUUCUUGACUUAUGAUAAGUCCUCCCGUCUAUAUCCACCUGUCAUUGGGGGUGUUGCUUUUCCCCUUGAGGACCGUUCCCACUGUACUACAGAAGUCAACCAUAGUGUGGCCACUUCUGGAGUCCCACACACGAAGAACGCCUAAAGGGAUCGUGCGGUUAUGCGAACGGCAAAAAUUUACCUCUGACCGCCCUGUUCAUAUACGUUGCAGAAGAACUGUAUUUCCAUUUUUGUUGACAGAGUCGAAUUGGCCCAUAAAACCUUCGGCUAGAUCAGAUCAUAUCAUUCCUUCGUUGGCGUUUCCUAAGCUUACGCAGCAAAUCUAGUAUACGAUUUCAACUCGAAUAAACAUAUCUGCAGGAAAGACACGUGACAAUAAUCUGCCAACUGAAUUUUGCUUCUUGUAGAGGUGUCGAACCUAAUGCCGAUUAUAAGUCUGAUUAGAAAGGGAACUUGAUAAGUACAUUAAGUAUCCUAGUUAAAACUUCGAUAAUAUUUUUGUCAACCUUUAGCUUUAUAUGCACGUCCCCCAGGACAUCUGUUGAAGUUAGCCUUCGUCUACUAGGGUGUAAGACACUUUUUGGAAAGUUGCAGCACCAGUUUUUGUGAUAGAGAUAGUCUACAUUUAACAACCCCAUCAUCGUCUUCAUUUCGGAUUCUGGAAGACACUGCGGCUGACCGUGACAUGGUUGACCCUCUGCUUCAGCCACUGGUAAACAGAAUUCUUAACUACAAUCGCGGUAAGCGUACUACUGCCGCAUUAGGGGCGACUUGCGAUGUUAUUUGGGAAGGCGACCGUAAAUUCAUGCCCCGCUUUCGUAGAAACUGACGUGAUGCGCCAUUGCUGGCUUAAAAUCAGACGCGGUCAUAAGUAACGGUUUGCACUGUUCUACCCACGUAUGUCUUCGUUGUAGAUCACUGCAGCCUGCGAACCUCCUACAUAUGGGCUAUUUAAUUUGUAGGGUUCUCAAGCAAACUCCACUAUGAUGCCCAGCACAGAAGACAUAUCUGGGAUAGUUAAGAGAGGACAACAAGAAGAGGGGAUUGUGCAGCCAAGGUGCCCUGUGGAACUUCGUGCGAUUUUCAGAUUGCCCGUUUACCGCACGCACUUAACUGAUUUCCCUGAGUUUAAUUUCGACCGUCGUUGCCGACGAUGUCCACCGUGUGCCCCACAGCAAGGUGAAACCAGACACGGUGACUUGUGCGUGAGUUAGUUUAUAUUGUUUAUGUAAGUUUAAACCGUUAGUAUUGGUACACCGCAUUUGUUGUGCGUGCAGACACUGUCGUUCGCAGUGGCGCUAACCGCAAAAGCUCUGUCGUCCGUUGCUUGUCGUUGCAAGUUUUCACUGUCCGGACGUGCCUUAUACACAUUAAGCUCUCAACAUGCCAUGGGGUUCGUAAACGCGUCGCAACCGCCUCCGAAACCGGAUCAACUAGUUUGGUGACAGUCGGCAUCACUCUGUUUACAAAUAACGCUCAUCAGCUGUCCGAAUACGCGGACGCAUCGGCCAACUAUUUAAGUUCUAGCAGUCAAUAAACUGAUUUCUGUGGACACUGGGAUCGUCGAGGUAAGUAGACGGCAGUGAGCUCCCGUCGUAUCAGUCAUGAGACAUGACGUUUCCCCGUUUUUUCUCUCAGUCCUCACUCGAACGAUCUUUGGUAAGACGAACUGUUUUUUUCGAGGCCUGCUUGAUUUUCGCAAGUUAUCAUCCGACUCAAAUAACUUUGAAAUUGAAGUAAGACGCUUAUCAGCCCAUGUCUGAAAACUUCUUCGGGAAUGUGUAUAAUACUUUGCAGCUUACACAACAUUUACCCUACAACGAACAAAUGAUUUAUGGAGUUGUCUCAGCAGACUGUGACACAAUGGCAGCUGCCAGGAAUACUGAGUGCUGCGUGACAGUAGCGUCACAGAGACGAGCGUUUGUGGAACGUUUUCGUAUACGUUUAGAAACUCCGCCAUGCAAGGCCAUGAAACUCGUUUGUAACAAAUAAUACAUAACCGAUGCUUUCUGCCUAUCAAAUUCCUGUACUUAUGUUGACUGUUGCAUGAAUUCGCGUGGAAAACAGUUAUUUGUAGGUGAUAAUCCGUCGUUAACGGCACGCAAUGCCAACGGCGACUGAGUGUAGGUCAUAUCCCAUGAGCUCUUAAUUCACGAGGUAAUGCCUUCCCAACUCCUAAGAAAACUAGAUGUAUUAGAUCAAAGGGGAGGCUGGAAACUAGUGUAGGACUGGAACAGCGAAAUAACUGCUUUCUGCUUAUUUCCCCGAUAAACACAAAGUUCACAUUCUGCUUUAGUUAUUUACGUGCACUCACAUACACAAUAUCCCUUUGUUUCAGUACGUACUCCGCACGAAGGAUACACCUUUCGCAACCUUCCUAUGGAUUAAUACUUCUGAUUUGUUUAAGAGACGCCCGUGUUGGUGCGUCACAUGUAAUGCUCACCCUAAAUCAGCAAUGUACAGGACACUUCAUGUAACCUUGCGGGUAUUGCGCGUGAUUUCUUUAUAGUACAAUACGGCAUCAGCUGCUGCGGCGGGUCCUGUUAAACUUUCACAACAAACACAUUGUUCCUAGUGGGUUUUAUAAUUUUGCUAAAGAUUGGCUAACAUACUCCUUUGAGCUUCGACUAAUCGGCAUACCAUAUUAACUUUGAUGCACGCUCGGAAUUACCCACAUUAAGCGAAAUAUCAUUUUUUUAAAUAUAACGUUCAGGGCGAAGGUAGACGUGCUGCCCUCUCGACGUUGGGCUCACAAUGCACGUGGUCGUACUCCCUAAGUGUUAUCGGUCCUAAAGACACAUCUUUCACAAACAACGUAAAUGGGGGUAGAAGUGUCUCCAGGUAACAAUGAGGUGUUCGUGAGUGGACAAUCCACAACCUCACUGUCUCUCUUACGGUCUGCUUGUCAUCUGUCCUUGCCGUAUUUGCUGUGCUUCUAUUGCACAUUGAAUUUCCUGAAGAUAUCCACAGAAUUGUAAAUUUCCCACUCAUAAUUGCGCACCAUCCUCCAAUCCUGAUCCUGACAUCCAACAUUACGAAUUGAACGAAAAUGUCGAGGCAGUAUUUCUUUCUGCAUUCCCCAACACUUCCUGAAUUCCCUUUUUGACUUGUCACUUGGUAUUUCUUCUAAAAGCUCCUGUUGGUCAUUUUUGUGGUUAAGUCGUCAGACAGGUAAAGUCGCAAAGAGUGAACAGGUAAACAGAUAUCAACCACCAUCAGGCCAAAACAUGCCAGACACUAGAACUGCCGAAAGUGGGACUGGCACUCCAGGCAAAGCCGUACUUUACAAGACUGCGACCAUUGACUGCCAGUUUCUUAGUCUUCCGUGACUUAGCAGUGAGUACGGAAAUCAGCUUCACUUACUGUCAGACCGCUGUGCGCACACCUCUGGUCAGCGCCAUGCUGACGCUACCUGUGUGUACGCACACACUCACAAUGCACCGGCUCCGUCUUUCAACAAUUGACAAGUCAAAGUUGACUUAAAAUUCAAGGAGUUACUUCAUUGUUUGAGUAUCUCAUCUGGGUCAUGAAAAAUGCCCAGAAUUUGCUGAAACAAUACCACCAUUUGUUUAAAAUUCUCCCUUCCGUCCUGGCGGUCCUGCUUGCACCCAAUGUCACUUUCGCAACCGCCCUGCUAAUUAUUGCGGAGUUUGGACACCGUUAAUAUUACCGUUAUCAUCAUAGUAGCAGUGGUAGUAAUAUAGUAGUAGACUGUGCUAGUGGUAACACUACCCUAAGUUGCUACUACUAACGCCUGGCCAGAACUGUAGUGGUAGUGCUAUCGUUUGCGAGUAUUGACUACUUAGUACCAUUCGUAAUACAGUAGUAGUGACAUCGGUUGGGGCAGCGGAUGUAUUUGAAUUAUCAUAAUUAAGGUCCUUAGGAUUAUCGUCGCGCCAUGCUAACUGAUGCCCUAACGAAAAUAUCUCUUAUCUACUGCUCUCUAACGGUUCUUCCCCUGCUCGUUGUAUGUUCCAGUACGUCAAUUGUACAGUGACUCUAGCAUCCUGCCCUGUUCGUACUCUCCCUCUCACGUGCUUGUUACGGUCCUAGGUAUCUUACAUAGUGCAAUAUUUUAGCAAAAUAAAAAUGAUACAGACCGCAACUUUUUCACGAAUGCCCAAAAUACGAAGCGUUUGGCUGAGUAUUUCACUGCGUCGAAAUUUGCCUACAUCAAGACUGAGGCUCAGUGGUUUGCAUGAGCGACUUGACAUUCAGGCACAUUCGAGUUCUCAGAAUCGCAAAGUCUGAGCUGUACUUGCCUCAUACAUCGGCUCCGCACAUUCAGCGACGUUCGUUAACCGCAUCUGCCCAGUGCUUCCCGACAAAAAUGUGGUUACUUCUGAUAUCGCCUCAAUCGAACAAACGAAGUCGAGGGAAUUUUCGAGAAUACUUUUGUGCAGCAACAUUAGUGUGGUCUCUGCUGCAGUUUGUUGUCCCCCCUCCGUGCUCAGUCCUUUGUCCGGGGAGGCUAAAUCUUGUUCUGACCACUUUUUAUUCACCAGAACUUUCAUGGAGACUUAUAUCAUUGACACGUGUUUUCAUAGCCAGACAUGUGUUAGAAGAAUGUUGAUAAGACCCUGUUGACUACUCGUACUCGUUGCGAUUAUCAGGCUUUUUUCUGUCUUUUUUUCUAAAUAUCUGAGACUAAACGACAACGCUUUUGAGAGUCUUUGAUCACUCCUCCUCAAUGAUCCAAACCGCCUAUGUCAUUUAGAUCUGAUUUUUCAUUUACUUAAGAGUGA